UUAUAGACUGACAGGAAGUUGCAAAUAUACUACAUAGAGCCCCACAGUUUUUUUCCAGUGAUAGCAUUUUAUAUAACUGUAGUAUUAAUACCCAAACCAGGAAAUUGGCAUUGGUACAGUGCUACUAACUAGAAUACAGUUUCCACAAUUUUUUACAUGCAUUCCUUCCUCUGUGCACGUGUGUGUGUGUGUGUGUGUGUGUGUGUAUUUCUAUGCAAUUUUAUCCCGUGUAUACCAGAGUUGAGUUUUGCUCUAACCUGAACCAUUUGCCCAUGAUGGAACAGGUCACUGUGGUCAAGGGGUGGGUUACACUGAUUGGCCAAGCCAGGUCAUGUGCCUGCUUUUAUUUGAACUAACAAAGGGUCAACCUCAGCCAAACUGCAGGGCUGAGAGCGGGAAAGGGGGUUCCUCAAGGAAACCCGUUCCAGAAGGAGGAGUGGGUGCCAGACAGGCAGAGAUCACUGGCCUGUGCUCAGGUUCUCUGGGUCCAGGCCAUGGCCGAGGGACCCACAGGAACUGUGGGCUUGAAGGAGCCUGCGGGAGCAGCCACAUGCCCCAGCCUGCCCUGGACCCCAGCCUCCCCACCCGUGACUGACCUGGAGCAGCCCUGGGGUCUCCUGACUUGGUCUGGGGCCCUCUGACUGCCCUUUUCCACGUACCUCUCUGCCUCUGUCACCAUGCGGGCCUGGGCUGCAGCCCCCAGCAGCCCCACUCCCUCCGUCUCAGAGCAAGCCGUGAGUGUGAGCGGUGCCACCCCUGUCCCCAACCAAGCCCCCGCCUGGGACACAGCCCCCAUCCCCAACAAGCUGAGUAUGACCUGCCAGCUGGCCACGCCGCUGGACCCUGUGAGCCCGGCUUGGAGCGCCAGAAGGAAUCGUCACCAACUCUCGAGGGUGGGCCCUGGCGUCUCAGGUGAGAUGCACAUUAUGCCUCAUGCUCCUGUCCAGGCAGCCCUGGGCUCUCAUCCCUCCAGUGAGAGCCCUGGGGAUCUGUUUGCUAGGAAUUCAGAGUGUGAACUCCACAGACAGGGAGUGAGCCUCCGGCCCUCUCCAGGCCUCAUUCUCCCUACGACGUCCCAGCCUCCUGCACCCGUGCCCAGUCCCGCAGUCCAUCUACUCACUCAACCAAAUGCACACAAGGCUGGCUCCGGCCUACUGUGCGAGCCCGAGGUCACAGCCAGAGAGGAGGGGGGUGGCUACAGUGAGCUGUGGAAAACUUCCAAAUCAGCCUGGAAUAAGUGGCAGUCAGAGACAGCUUCCUCAGAAGGAAAGGCCCGGGGAAGUUUUGAAGGAAGAGUAGGGAAAGGCAUUGAGAGCAGAGGGAAGAGCAGGGGCAAAGUCCGGGAGGUGUGGAAAAGCAGAAUGCGCUCAGGGAAUUGCAAGGAAUGCAGUUUGGCCGGAGCGUUGAGUCAAGGGAUGAGGCCAGCAGGAUCUGGACCCCACAGGACCCUGAGGGCCAUGAGAUGGCUUCUGCACCUGAACCGGACAGCAUCCACACUCCAGCUGCUGGCAGGGGCGGAACAGAGGAGGUGGAAUGGAGAGGCCGUGGUGCCCCAUGGGAGCUGCGUCCUCUUGCAGCCUCUCAUUGGCCCUUCUCACCCCAGGUUCUACCGGCAGCGGUUCAAGUCAGAAGAUGCCCCCAAGGUCCACGUGGCCCUGAGCAUUAGCUUGUUUCUCCUGAAUCUAGCCUUCUUCAUCAAUGUGGGGCAUGGCCGUGAGCCGUCAGAUGCCGCCUGCUGGGCCCGGGGGGCCAUCUUCCACUAUUUCCUACUCUGUACCUUUACCUGGAUGGGCCUGGAAGCCUUCCACCUCUACCUGCUCGUCAUCAAGGUCUUCAACACCUACUUUGGGCACUAUUUCCUGAAGCUGAGCCUCGUGGGCUGGGGCCUGCCUGCCCUAAUCGUCAUUGGCACCGGGAGCGCCAACAGCUAUGGCCACUAUGCCAUCCGCGACAAGAAGAACAUGGCCACGCUGGAGCUGUGCUGGUUCCGUGAGAAGACCGCUGUCUCUGCCCUCUACGUCACCGUCCAUGGCUACUUCCUUAUCACCUGCCUCUUCAGCGCUGUGGUCCUGGGCCUGGUGGCCUGGAAGAUCUUCACUCUGUUGACUGCCACAGCAGGCAAGGAGCAGGGACCGAACUGGAAGGGAGUGCUCACCGUGCUGGGCCUCUCGAGCCUGGUGGGUGCGACCUGGUGGCUGGCCAUCCUCACGCCCCUGGGCCGAUCCACCAUCUAUGUCUUCGCGCUGUUCAACUCCCUGCAAGGUGUCUUCAUCUUCUGCUGGUUCGCCGUGCUCUACUUCCCCAGCCGGACUGCCGUGGCCUCCUCUUCUGGCACCGCCAGAAUUGACCAGGUCCACACCGCGUCUCAAGAAUAGGGGGCCUCCGUGGGGCCAGGCUGGGAGCCGGCCGCACAUUGUGGACUCGGCUCCGACUCCCUGUGUGAACUCAGGCUGCUCCUUGCCUCCUCCUGGGCUUCAGUUUCUAUGUUUGUACAAUGUGGCUGGGGAAGGGAGGUGAUGGGGGCCAGUUUGGACCACCUGGCCUCAGUGGUUCCGUCCAGAUACUUCUGUGGGUCCUAGAGUCCACAGAUCCAGGAUUGCGAGAGUCUGAAGACCGCUGCCAGCGUAGAGCAGUGCCCUCACCUGUACCUGUACCUGCACCUCCUGCCUACAGAGCAAAACAGCUCAUCUCUGCCAUUGGCCACCUCUGGUUUUAGUCACAGGGGACUCUGUUAUCAGAAUUGCCCCUUGAAGGAGUCCCAGCCUCUCCUCUUCUCCCUCUUACCACCGCCCUCUCACAACCCCACCCUCUGGCUGCCUGUUCUCAGGCACUUGGACAGUAGUGCACUAGAGGUUUGGGUCUAUCUAUGGAUAGAUAAGCAGGAGCCCCUGCCACCGGGGGCCGCCCACCCUCCAGCUGUCUGGGGACACCGAAUUUCAGAGAAUGCCACUUACUCAAUAGUGGGUGUGAUACCAUAAGCAGGCUCCCCUCCCCACCCUGACCGCCACACGUGUGGCCUGACCUCUGAUCUGCUGUCAUAGUGGGGUGGAAGGCAGAUGGUCCAGAGCUCCGCACACCUGAGGGCCGAGGGGCAGGGCAGGGGAGAGGGCUGGGCUGAGCAGAGAGAGGGCAGGCAUUGCCCCCAGGACCUGAGCUCCUAUCAAGCAGGUCCAUCAGCCUCAUUCACCGGUUCAGCCCAGCCCGAGCCUGGCACGUUUCAGGCCCCAAAUAAAUAUCUGUUGUCUGAA